UUCUAAUAAGAAUAUUGGGAAAGAGCGCAUGCGCGUAGGGCAGAGCUCGUUGCUAUGGAGACGCUUCCGUACACAGACGCCGGCUCGGAGCAGCAGCUUCAUCUGAACCUUCAUCAGAACCUUCAUCAGAACCUUCAUCUGCAACAGUCAUCAUCAUGACAGCAGGAGCAGUGUCAGCCCCGCUCAUCAUUCCUAUCACCCACCGACACCGAGCCAAGAACCACAUUGACACCAGCACACCUGUGUCCAUCCAGUCAGACACUCCUGGAGUUCUGAUCUUCUACAGUCUGGACGGGUCGAGGCCAGCAGCAGCGCAGCGCAGUCCAGCAGGCAGCAGCAGGAAGUACAGCGAGCCCGUCCUGCUGCCAGCUGGACGGGUGUCUGUCAGAGCUGUAGCUGUCACCAGUGAUGGCAGAGAGAGCUCCAUGGUGACAAAGGUUUUCUCAGUUGAACUUGUGGAUUCAAACUUGAAGGAGAAUGUAGACGACCUGCAGUCUUCAGCUCAGCGUCCGUCUGAAGGAACCUUGAGGUCCACCGAGAACCCUGCUGGUUCUUCACUGAGGCCUCCAGAGCCGAGGAUGAUGGGAAAUACUUCUCCUAAUCCAGGUCCUCGUUUUCUCAACGGUCGACUGGGUUCUCCAAACCCGGCUGCCCAAACUGAACGUUCCCUGUCAGCGAGUUCUGGAGCACUGAAACAGCUGAGCAGCACACAGAUGACCCGAUUCAUCCGAGAAACGAACCUCCUGCGGUGUGUUCAGUGUUUGAGUGUUCGUCCCUCUGACCCGUUGGCUCGGUUCUGUGCUCAGUGUGGAGCUGCAGCCGGUCCGUUAGCUGCACACAGACGCCCCCCUGCUGACGGAGGACAGGCGGUUUGCUGUAUGUUCUGUAACACACUGGUUUCUGUCAACACACACACCUGUUUAAUCUGUGAGGAACCCGUCCAUCAACAGGCCACACACACACUGCAGGAUCAUGUGGUGUGUGUUGGCUGUGGAAGUGGAAAUCCAGCUCACAUCUCCAGCUGUUUGACCUGCGAGAGCCGCCUGCAGCCGCCCGUGUGUGUCGAGGACAGCGCCCCCUCUGUCCCGUCAGCAGACAGCAGGAUGUUGUCCUGCUCCAGAUGUAAACGUAUGAACCGGCGCGAUGCCAGAUUCUGUGACUGGUGCGGCUCGAAGCCUGAUCAUGCAGCCAGAUGUGUGAUUUGUUGCCGAUGUGGAGCGAGCGGAGACCCAUACGCCUUCUUCUGCACAACCUGUGGCAUCUUCUUGGAAGCACCGGCUCCGCCCACAUGCUAUGGUGACAUCAGGAGACCUGUUGGAGACGCCACCGCCAAACGGGCUGCAGCCACACCUGCCCAUGAUAUCACCUGGCAGGCCAUGCCCUCAUCUGGCCCCGCCCCCAUGGUUAGAAUGACCACACCCACUGCAGAGCAGUGCACACAGACUGUUGGACUCUAUUACCCAUCAUCCACUGAGCUACAGAGGAAAGAGAAACAGAGGGCGCAAGAACUCAGCAGGCAGCAGGCGCCCAGAGACGGCCGACAGCUACUGACGACUGUCAGCCCAGGCAGAGGUUACUGGAGGAGGCAGUUGGAUCAUGUGUGUGGACAUUUGAGGAGUUACACCCAGAACAACGUCUCCUUCAGGGCUCUACUGGGAGAGCCUCGUCUGGGCCGGAUGGUUUCUGCUGUGAUUCAUGAAGAUCGUUACGAGGUCAGUGUGACCGUCAGCUUUGUGUCGGCCGGGCGGGAGGAGAACCAGGUGGAUCCAGCAGCUGAUGGUGUUGGACUGACUGCAGGUCGGACGGAGACCCUGAGCAGCAUCACAGAGCGAUCCUCCGACAGCAGCAGACUCAGAAGUGAUGCGUCCACAGGUGUGAUGAAAUCUCCCAAACCGAACCUGACGCCCAAACCUCCGGUGAAAGACCUUCAGUUACUGAAGGAACUGGGUCCAGGUCGAGGUCAGAUCAGCACCAUCCAGCAGCUCCUUGAUCAGGGGGCGGCUCCCUCCUGCCGUGACAGCGAUGGCCAACACGCUCUGGCGGUUGCCGUGGUAAACGGCCACCAUGAUGUACUUCCUGUUUUGGUGCAGCGAGGAGCUGACGUGGACGAGCAGUCGGGACAGAUGAAGAACUCCGCUCUGCACGAAGCUGCAGCUCGCGGCUCUGAAGGUCUGCAGUGUGCUGAGGUCCUGCUCAGCUGUAAGGCCAGCGUGAGGUGCAGGAACGCCAGCGGUCAGACGGCGUACGACGUGGCGGUGCGCUCCGGCUGCAACAACAUGGUGUCUCUGCUGGCUGCUCAAACUGGACUGGACUUACUGGGCAAACUGGGCAAACCCAGACUGAACCUGGACGUGUUCUGACAGAGAACGACACAAAAGGGUUCGUUUUAGCAGCCCAGAAAGAUGCUAAGGUUGAUGUCGUGUCCGCAGAAUAACAACACCAUCAGGUUUUGGAUCGGUUCCUGUGGCCCAGCUCCAUUAUCAACCGGUUCACCAGAAUAAAUGCUGGGAUUUAUCUACAAAUCACAGACAUGUCACAGCUGUGUUGCUACAGGCUCAGUUCAUGUUGUGGUCUGGUUGGGUCAAGAUACAGAACCACCUGGUUAGAGUGACGACAACAUGUUCUGUCACAAGCACAUCUCUGACCCAACAGUGGACUCACCCAGCUGCCACGGCACCAGCGUUGCCUCCACGUUGAUCUGAUACGUAGACAGAUUUAACAUGUCUGUGGUUUGCAGAUGUACAAUGUCAACAUUAUUGUGGUUCUGGCCCGCUGUCGUAGACUGAGUGUAGUCGGUCCUGUGCUGCUGGUGGUUGUGACUGGAUGUGUAGAACGUGUUGAAUUUGUUACUGAAUAAAACUGUUGAACAGCG